AAACCACAAAUUAAGGGCACCGGGCGCGACAAAGCCUUUUUUCAACGUGUUUUCGGAAUUUCCAUGUGUGAAACUAGCUUGAUAAAAUCGGUAUAUGGGCAGCCUAUGGGAUCAUUUAACAGAGCCGUCCACAAUCUCGAAGGCGAAUCGACCAGGCCCUCGAUGAUCGCAGAAACAAAACCAUGCCCAACGAUGGAACUAGCCAAUGAGGAAAACACGGCGGAUGGUAAAAAGAAAAAAGGACCGGGCGCUAAAAGGCCACGGACGAAAUUGAAAAAGGCAUUGUCUUGGCGGCAAUCGAACAGAUCACGACGUCUAAUCGCUAAUGCUCGGGAGCGAUCUCGAAUCCACAUCAUGAGCGAGGCCUUUGAAGGGCUAAGAAGAGCAGUACCCAGUUACUCGAGAGAUCAAAAGUUAUCAAAGUUGGCAAUCUUGAGACUGGCUACAAGCUAUAUUUCAGCUUUGUCUUAUUUGGCAGAGAACGAUACAUCGAGUAAAUCACUUAAACAUUUCGCCGAGAGCGUGGACCAGUGUACUCAAGCACUUCAAACCGAGGGCAGAGCAAAACGGAAAGAGUAA